AUGGCCAUCGACCUCGCGCGGUACGGGCGGUGGGAGCGGAUCUGCCGACUGGAGAGUGGCGACGCAUCCGAGGUGUGUAGCAGCUCGGGCGAGACCGUGCUCCACAUCGCCGUCACCUCUGCACAUCCGCCAUCGCGGAAGCAGUUCCGCACACUGCUGCGACUCUGUGCUCAGGUGAUAGACGCCAAAGCGGGGUCGAGCAGCCUGACGCCUGCGGCCGCCCUCUGUCUCGCUGCGGGCAAGGACUCGCCGCAUGCCGCCGGCAUGCUCGCCGAGCUGGUAGUGGCGGGUGCGUCGGUGACGGCUCGCUCACGCGGUGGCGAGACGCUGCUCCAUUGCGCUGCGGCGUGCAAUGCCUUCCUCCUUCUGCGACUGCUGGUCUGCUCGGCGACGGUGCCCGAGGGACGCAAGCUGUUGAACGCCAAGGACGGUGCCGGGCGGACGCCACUGGCGGUUGCUGCCGCUGCGGGGCAUCGCGAGGCGCUCGACGUGCUCAUCGUCGCAAAGGCGGAUCUGGACGCACUUGUUGCCGCCGGUGCGCGGCUGCGGAUCCAGGACGAGGUCGGCGAAAGCGCGCUGGAUGUGGCGGUCCGGCUGGCACAGGCUGAGGCUCGCGCGGGCGUCGGCUCCGGUGAGGCCACGCUGCUGGCAACGUACCUCGAGCGCAUCGCUGGCGUCCCGGUUGGGCUGCGCGACCCGGACGUGGCGCUCGACGACGGCAUGGUCUCGCUGGAGGCCGCCGGCAAGGUGGCGGCAGGACUUGGCUUUACCCUCACUGCCGUCGUCGCGGCACUGAUGGCGCUCGGCGGCCCGUGGGUACUCGUGAUUGUCCCGCUUGGUCUCGGCAUGAUGAACUUUGUCAAGUCAAACCGCAACGUCAUUAGCCACCCGCGAUGGGUCCCGGCCAUUUGCUGCGGCCUCAUUUCUAGCACUGUGGCUUUUGUAUCUACCUGGGCGGGCUACGCAAGCACGUCCGAGUGGCUGAUGUGGAGCUGCGGCGCGAUGGCGGUCCUCAUCUCGUUCCUCCAUCUGGUCACCUCGCCGUCAGGCGUGUACCUCGCACCACGGUUCCGCACGCCGCAUCCUGGCUUCCCGUUCUCGACGACCAAGCUCUCGCUAGUGAGUCCUGCGCUCGACGAGAUGCCGGGCGAGAUCCGCGGUGCGGCACAGCCGAUCGACAUGUACGCGUGGGCGCCUCCGACGCUGGUUGCCGGCUACUGCCAGACGUGCGACGCCGUCCGGCCGCUGCGGGCCAAGCACUGUGCGCGGUGCCGCGGAUGUGUGCCGGCCAUGGACCACCACUGCGAUGCGACGGGAACGUGCGUGGGUGCCGGCAACCACGGCCCGUUCUAUGUCUUUCUCCUCUUGACUACCGCAUACACUCUCGCGGCGCUUGUCCAUCUCGUGCCUCGGACUCGGCUCGGCGCGGUGGCGUGGUGGGCGACGGUCCGAUCGGGCACCCUGGUCAGCAGCAGCUUGGACAACGUGUCGUGGGUCGAGCUUAGCUGGCCGAUGUGGAACUCGCUUGUCCUUGUCUUUGGUUUUGUCUUUGCUGGCGCCAUCUGGUUUUCCCAGACCUGGUUCAUCUCGCGCAACGAGCUAUUCAACGAGGUCCGCAACGGCGCCAAGUAUCGGUACUUGCGCAACAGUGAUGGUCAAAAGUUUAAUCCAUUCGACGAGGGUGUGGCCGGCAACUGGUGGGCCUUUGUCUCGGGCGCCGACCGCAGCUUCCCGGCGACGCUCAAGUGGCGGCUGAAGGCGCAGGCCAUGGCCAGCGGCGAGCGGCAGCGUGGACUCCAUGCUGUCUAA